AUGGUUAUUAUCACUACCAGCACCACUAACCCCCACACCCCGACCAUCGUUUUCGUUUCAGUUGCCUGGCAUCAGCUAUCGUGUUAUGACUCGUUCACCACCACCCUCCAACGCUUCCGUCACGAAGUCCCCGUCCCUCGCACCCCAUCAAUGAAUGGCGCUCGGCCUCCAAACGCUGACCUAAAGGAAGACAUUCUGGUCCUAUUCCACUCCUAUUGCGACCAGGUGGAUACCAAUGGUCUCUCGAACGGCAUUGGUAUCACAGCCCCGUCGGGCGCAGGGCUCCCUGGUGGCAUCGUCCAAUCAGUGUAUAUUGCCGAAUUUGCCCUCAACGGAAGGAACUUGCAUCUUCAGGACCCUAAGGGCGUGGCUGUGGGUCCAUUCGGAAGAUCAGACGAAGCAAUUGAAGCCCACAUUGCAUCCUUCCAGCAUUGGAAGGGGAAUGGCUUCGAUGACAAGCUUUAUCAUGAUUUUACGAUGACCUAUGAUUACCAGAAGGAGCUCGUCGAGGAGAUGCGGGAUGCUGGAUGUUUGGUGCGCACUUGUGAGUUUGAGACUGGACAUUGCUUGAUGUUCACUAUGUGUGACGAGGUAGGGAAGAUCAAUCAUGAACUAGCGAUUGGCCACUGA